AUGAUGAUGAUGAAAGCCAAUGAAAGCAGCAGCCUAAUCGUAUCCCUCUGCGUGGUGGUGGUGCUGGUGAUGAGCGGCGGCGGAAUGGGAGUGGCUGACGCUGUCUGCAGCUUGACGGAGCUGGAGGUGUGUCUGCCGGCGAUGCUGUUUGGGCAGUCGCCGUCGAGGGAGUGUUGCAAUAAGCUGAACGAGCAGACGCCUUGCUUCUGUGAGUACAUGAGGAAUCCCAGUCUUAGGCCAUAUGUGGACUCUCCUAAUGCAACCAAAAUUGCUGCGGCUUGUGGUGUCGCCAUCCCUACGUGUUCCAUUAAUUAA